AUGACUCAUAAUUCUUUAUUCAAACUGGUUUUGGUGCUUGAUUAUCAUUGUGAUAUUUUCUUUGUAGGACUUGCUAAACCUGCUCCUGUUAUAGAAACUUUUUGUACCGAUGAAUUAGUUUUGCAGCAUGUGAAACUUGAUGGAGUUGUUACUUUGGUUGAUUCCAAGCACGCAAUGCAACACCUUAAUGAAAUAAAACAAAGAUUUGUGGUUAACGAGGCUGUAGAACAAAUUUCUUAUGCUGAUUGUAUUAUUUUUGAACAAGGUAGAAUAGAUUUAGUGACUGAGGUUGAGCUGGAGAUAUUGACCAAGAGAAUUAAGCAUAUUAAUGGGAUGGCACAAAUGAAGCAAGCUAAGUUUGACAUGGACUUUGUUCUUGGAGUGGGAGGUUAUGAUCUUGAUAGGAUUGAUUCUGAAGUUCAGGUAGAUAAUUCCUGUUCUACAACUCAUCAACAUGAAACUGGAAAAAAAUGCAGCAAUCAUCAUCAUCAUCACAAUCACGUACACAAUGCUGCUGUCACUAGUGUUACUAUUGUUUCCGAAGGAACCCUCGAUAUUGAUGAGGCUCAUAAUACUGAGCUAGAAGAUGAACCUCAAAAAGACGACUUUCAUCAGCCUUUGUCAGGGUAUCAUAAAUCUGAAAAUAGUAAUGUUGAGCAUUCUGGAGCUGCUCAGGGAUUGAUUUCCACUACAAAGGCUUAUAUAAAAUUUCUUUAUGAUGGAUUUGUGUCUCAACUUAGGAACUCCAAGCCAGAACUUAUCAGGCAUCCUUUCUGCAAGCAUAGGAAACUUAACAAAUCUCUGGAGUGUACUAUUACAGAGCAAUAA